AUGCCAACAAUCCCAGCAUAUAAAACGGUAAAUACGACUAAAUUCACCCGAUUAGUUAAUCAGAUAGGAAAGAAUAUAAGCAAAAGUCCCUUGAUGGAUUCUGCAAGUCCCCAGCCUAGUGAAUUGAACGUUCGUCCGGUGAAAGUCGUCAAACCUCUAGUAGUUUCAUUUGAUGCCUAUGAUACCAUCUACGAGCCAGUGGCACCGGUGCACCAACAAUACCAUGCAAUAGUUACGAGAUACAAAGGCAAUUGGCCGAGUGAGGAGGAGAUUUCUACCAGAUACAGACAGCACUACUCUCAAUUGUGUCAGGAGUAUCCCAAUUACGGUAAAUCAGCUGGUUGGCCUAUUGAGAUAUUCUGGAAAACGCUUUUGAAUAGAGUGUUUUACGAUGGAGAGCCUACAAUCAUGGACGCGGUCGUAUCUGAGAUUGCCUCUCAUUUCUCCUCUCAUGCAGCUUACCACGUAUUUGAAGAUGUCGAGCCUCUCCUACAAGCAUUGGCUAAGAAUGGGGUAAUACCGGCCGUGGCCAGCAACGCAGAUGAACAGGUGACCCACCUGGUGUUGCACACGUUCGGACUGAUCGAUUAUUUCGGCAAAGAGAACAUAUUUUUGAGCUAUCACCUAGAGCUUUCUAAACCCGAUCCAGCAUUUUUCGAAAAGAUAGGCACAAAGCUACUGGAGCUGAAAAAUGGAGAACAUUCAUUGAAAGGCUUGAGCAAGGCCGAGAUAAAAGACCAUUGGUGGCAUGUAGGAGACGAUUAUAAGAAGGAUGUUUUAUGUUCACAACGUGCUGGUAUUAGGAGUGUUUUGUUAGACAGAAAGGGCCAAUAUGGGUUCCUUAAAGAAGGAGAAGACAGCGUGAUAGUUCACGAUCGGUUCAUAGUGGCUCGGUCAUUGUUGGCGUUGAUAGAUUUAUUUGGCAUGAAUGAAUCUGGUAAGGGAGCUUAG